GUACUAACAUUUCAAUUUUUCUACUAGAAAUUUAUGUCGGGUGUUAUAUUCUUUUGACAAGAUGGAAACGCUUUCUUCCAACUGGAAAAAGCUCCAGGCAAAACUCAAGGAAGAGUCUGCGUCAAAACCAUCUCUCAAGCGCAAAUCAGAGACCUUAACAACGAAUCCACCACCUAAAAAGUCUAAGGUGCAAAAGUCCCUCCCAAAACCGCCAAGAAGAUCAGCAAAAGCAGCUCAAACAACAACCAAAAAGCCAAUGGGCGGUGUUCACAGUUCGAAAAUCGAGGAGUCAGUACCUGGGACCUCGACAUCCCUUGCACUAUGGGCGGAAGACAAUGAUGUGUCUGCAGAAGCCCUAGCAGAGGCAUACAGUCUGGGUGCGAAGGACAAUUCGAUGAUGCUUGCCUCCGCAAAGGACAAAAUCAACCAUGGACUCACAGAAGGGAUCGAGGUCGGAAAGUACAUCGCUAUCGAUUGCGAGAUGGUUGGCGUGGGGCCAGGCGGUCAUGAAUCAGCUCUCGCUCGUGUAAGCAUUGUUGAUUUUCAUGGUGUGCAGAUUUACGACUCUUAUGUGAAACCUAAGGAGAAGGUCACAAACUGGAGGACAGCGGUCAGUGGUAUUGACCAAAAGAAGAUGAGAUUUGCUAGGGAAUUCGAGGAAGUUCAGGCAGACGUCGACAAGCUUCUCCAGGGUCGAAUAUUGAUUGGACAUGAUCUCAAGCAUGAUCUAGAAGCUCUCAUUCUCAGCCAUCCUGGAAAAGACAUCCGCGACACCGCCAAAUUCCCAGGUUUCAAGAAGUAUGGCAAUGGAAGAAAGCCAGCCCUGCGGGUCCUGGCUCAGAAGAUCCUGGGCGUCGAGAUACAAGGAGGCGCACAUUCUAGUAUUGAGGAUGCGCGAGCGACUAUGUUACUGUUCCGCAAGCACAAGCAGGCGUUUGACGUUGAUCACGCAAGUCGAUAUGCGCCGAAACCAGCAUCAGGUGGCCAGAAAGGCACCAAAUCGAAAAAGAAAAGAAAGUGAAGGGGUGAUAUAAACAAGUACAUCCUCAUAAAGUUUUGUUGAGAUACCCAUAUAGCAAGAACUAUUAUUUUUCGGACAA